AUGAACGAAAGAGCGGUCGACGUUGCUCUCGAACCUCAAGAGGGAGGCGGCGAAGUGCCUUCUCUCGAAUCUGUGCCUCCGGCUGGCACUGUGGAAGAAUGGGCUACGAUGGAGGAUGAGACCGAGGGUCCGAUUCGCAUCCUCACUCAAGCGCCAAAUGCGGGAGAGGAAGCAUCCACGAUUGAUAUCGAUGCUGCCGACGUUGCUGCCGACGGCGUCGCUGCUGUGGACGAUGGCUCUACUCUCCCCGUUCCCAAUUUUGAUGAUUUCGUCGAUGCUGCCGAGCGAUUUCAUCGAUCUCGAGUUGAGGAAGUUAGCAACGUCCUCAAUUCUACGAGAAACAAGCUGUUACUCACCCCAGGUCUUGCCGAAUCAACACGAGAGUGGUUGGAAAAAGUGGAUGACUUGGCUAUCAACCAGGCUCUCCAGAACAGCCCUGUUUCCGGUCUCACGCAGGCGCAGGAAAACAACGCCACCCAGCGACUACCUCUCAAACGUGCUCGUCCAACCACCGCGGAUGCUGCCGCCGAGCCCACCGCCGAGCCCACCGCUGCUGCUCAACUCUUCCCGAAGCGUCCACGUGCAGGCCAAAUCAUGUACCAUGGCGUUUCGUAUCCACUCGAAAGGGUUGAUCGAAUCCAGAACAAGGGUAGCGAUAAACAAGCCACCCUUUUCGGAUUUGGCAAAAAUCCAAACACUUUGUCGGUCUGCCCAACUGGCAAUUCUUUCUUUACAAAGGAGAAAUUGGGCAAAGACAAGUACGUCAAAGUGCCCGAUGCACGCAAGUCUACACGAGCUAAGGCCCCUCUUCUCGAAAACUUGGCUCAAAUCAAGAACCACUUCAUUGAGAGAGACGCGCAGUGCACCGACUUUGUCGCUGAAUUGCUCAGCGGCAAUCUAGCCGUCUUAGUAGAGACGCCCUUUACGAACCUCCUUUUUGGAGAUAUCAGUGGAUUUAUUCAAUCGACCUCAGGAUGUCAUCCAGCUACACCACCACCACCACCAAAAGACGAGUGA